CUAAUUUAACCGGCUCCCACUUACAUCAAGAAAAAACCAUUAUUCUCGUUUCUACCUCCAGCCAGGCCAAAUGCAAGAAAGGAGAAACCUUAGCAUUUGAGGGGUGUAGGAGUGUGUGUAUGUGCAUGUGUGUGUGCCUGCAUGUGUGUGUGUGUGUGUCUAUACACACACGGGAGCGUGUGUUUCCGCUGCUCCCUCCAUCUCUCCUCUCCCUUCCUUAAAGAAUUCAGCCUGUGGCCACUAGAGGUCUUUUCUUUUCACAUGGUAGCUGCCGAGCAGUUUGUUCGGCUUUUUAUUUAUUCCUACGUGAGCAGACCCACUACACUUCUUGCAUAUAAACAGUGAAAAUUACAACAUAAAGGACUUAUUAUUCCUUCUUUUGGAGUAAUUUUGCUGCUGGUCAAAGCCUGGCUCAUUGUGCAAGGAAGGGGGACCAUCCUUUGCAGGUAAUUCCACUGCUUCAAGGUGCUCCUCGCCUGCUUGCAGAUCUCAGACCCCAGCUGGUCUCAGACCUCAGGCCCUGAGGCCAAGCAAACAUACAUCAUCCUGGAGGCUGCAGACAUAGCUCACCGUUCCCACAUGUGAACUUCAGCCAAGACACCACAACAGGGACUCUGCCCGCUGAAUCCCCUAUGAUUCCUCAAUCCUGUCCUGGUCAUACCCCACUGGGUUUUGUGAGGCUAUUUAGGAAGAUAAGUUUCCCUUACUGAAGAAAAGAGAGACAACAUGAAAGAAAACAAUGGCCCCAAAGGAGGAAUUUGUGAUUGACAUAAAUGGGAGUGUUCCCUUGGGCUCAUAAUGUAUCAUCAAAGUAGCAAACCCCCAGGUCAUUUAUUUCUCCACCUAUUUACCUGCUAUGAAAAGAAGAUGCGUUUAAGUUUCCUGCAGUUUCACACUGGACAUUAAUGCUCUGGGGGCGGGGGGAGAAAAAGCCGUAUGUUCUAGAUGUAGCAGGUUUCUUUUGGAAUUCACUCACUGGGAGUCUGGCACUACCCCCUAAAUGGUACUUUUGUUGUCUUUUUGUUCAAGACAACCAGCUUCUUCCAAGAUCAGAACUGCAUGCCAGCCUCCCUUGAUAAACAGCCUACCAGCUCUCUUGGUAGAUCAGAUGUUUAAUAGUUAGCCUAACUCAUUUGUUUUUUCAAGGAGCAAUUAUACUACAAUGAAUUAAUAUUUUAACUGCAGGGAAAGCAUUACAGCUAGUUCCUACGUAGACUCUAGAGGUUGGGAUGGCCAACAGGAUUUCCCAUACUAAGAGGAGGGACAACUCCAUCCUGGCCAGCAGUUCUCUAUGUUUGAAAUACCAUCAUUAGAUGACUGCUCCAAAGACCUAAGGGGAGAUGUGCCUAGGAGAAGUGUAUGGUCCUGAUCCUUCCCACGAGGCUCAAUGGCCCAGCAAAAUAUGAAAGUGAGUGUGCUUCUGCGUAACAGUCUAGAAUCAGUGGAGUUUGUGAAACAGCCUCACCACCGCAGGAGCAAAUCCCAGCAGGUGAGAUUCAAAGAUGGGACCACUAAGAAUCCAGCUGGCCUAGCUGAGGUUGAUGUCCGAACUCCAGAAGACCUGGCUGUGAUGGGGAAAACUCAAGCAACCAGGCACCAUCAUCCCCCCACCUACUCGCUCUCCUUCCCCAGGUCCCAGAAGGCAGGGGGCUUUCGCAACGUUGCGAUCCAAACUUCCCCCAGUCUCAGGAAGCAUUUCCCAGUUUUCAAAAGGAAGAAACUCACAGCCAGCAAGUCCCUGGUGGAAAUGCCAACAGCAUAAAGUGCCAUCCAGGUCAACGGCAACCUCUCUGAACAGGACAUUGUGUCUUCUGACCUUGCCUACUUAAGGUUGGCUCAGCAUCUUGAGGAUGGGCCUCGAAGGGUCAAGGUGUCCCACACAUUCCUCCCGAGGGUCCCCAAGGUGCAAAGCAAUGGUCCUAGCAUAUGGGAAGCAGGAACUUGGAGGUCCUUAGAGAAAGCCACAGCUGCCAUUCAGGUUCCAGAUGAUAUUUAUCACAGUCCUUCCUGGGAAGCUAGAGAGUCUGCUCUCAGCCCAGACAGGCCAGCUGAAGUAAGUAACUCCAACCCUUUGGGUGACACAUGUCCAGGUGAUGGGAGAAGGAUGACUCUACCAGAUUCAGAAAAAUCCACCUCCUGCUUAAAUGCCACCAGCGUUGCCAGCCACACACCAGGCACAGAGAAACUUAAACCUGAAUUGCUUUUGCCCAAAGACAACUCGGAUGACAAAGACUUUGGCCCACUGUCAUCUCAGUCAAAGGAAACGUUUCCUUCACCUCCACGGACUCACAGUUCCCCCUCAUCAGGCUCCCACCAGCCAGCCUACCCAGGAAGAGCCUCAGACUGUCCUUCAUCAAGUAACAAUCACCAGAAUCUGGGUUCACUCAAAAUUAACAGUGCAUCGAAAUCUGCCCCUGGGUGUCAGGGGCAGACGGCAAACAACCCCACUGAGUCAGACACCCUGGAGUUUCCAAAUUGUCCAGGAAGUGAUCACCUCCCAUCCUCUCUUCCAAAGAGUGAGACCAAACUUCAGAGCAACAGGGAGAAUAGUGACAUUAAUCAAAUUCACCUGGCACGUGAACUCUGCGACCUCCAAGGCCGACUGCAAGUGGAAGAAUCUCUGCACUCGAACCAAGAGAAAAUUAAAGUCCUUUUGAAUGUAAUUCAAGACUUGGAGAAAGCUCGAGCUCUCACUGAAGGGCGCAACUUUUAUCGAACUGGCCAAGAUCUCAACAAUUGCAGUACCUGCCAGAACACGGCGUGCAUCAUAUACAGUGUAGAGUAUGAUUUUCGGCAGCAGGAAGGCAGGUUCCAUGAAGUUUUGCAGAGUCUGGAGGAAGCAGAGCCAGUCGAGGAGGCAUCGCCCCCACCAAAGUCCCCAGCAAAACCCCCAGCCCCGGAAAAGCAGGACUUAAGGCAGAAAACCAAGAAGGUGAAAAAGAAAUGCUUCUGGUGGAUCUGAGCUGGUUGGGACCAUUCCCCAGCCUCCCAUCUCCACGUACUUCCCUGAGAUGGAAAAUCCACUGCACUUAAGGUCUGCCCCACUUCUUUGCAAAGGUCCUGGGCUGUGAGCCCUUUGGUCUGUGAAACAGAAGAGCCUUGGAGCUGAUGUAGCCGCUGCUGGACACCUGACCGCCAUCCUUACCUGAGUGCGUGCCACUGCUUCCUGAGGGCUUCACGGACACUAGGGUGACCACUUGCCAAGUUCCCCGUCACAUUCAGCCAGAACUCAAGCUGAGUUGCAAGUCCAGAUUCCCACCACGAGCAAAACCCCACACUAUACCUUCCAACACCUCCACGAUGCUAAGCACUUCCUUUCCAUCCUGGGUUCAUCAACCCAAAAGAAAAAAAUAGUGUUGUGCAGAGCCGGAAGAUAGAGGGAUGUUAUAGGUUAUACACAGGUACCAUAGAAAAAAAUGAGAUAAACUGGCAGUUUUCUAAGAUAUCAGCAUAAUAAGCACAAGAGAAGUGGGCAGGGCAUAAAAUGCAGGUUCACCCUGGUAUGUUGGG